UAGCCGCCCACAGGUUCUUGUCUCCAUCUCUCUCCCCUCCACGUCCAGCGCGCGCUCCCGGCCUGCCUCCGCUCCCCUCUGCUCCGGUGAUGGGACAGCAGCAGAGGCAGGGGAGCAUACCAGUGCGAGUUAAUACGCCAUUGCUCCAGCCGUAUCCUCGUCAGCUUCUCAGGCCGAUGCAGAGGUUGAUAGAGAUUGCAACGUCGUGCUAGCUAGCUAUAGCUUCUCAGGCUCACUUCCUCCUCUACCACCCCGGAGACUCCCGGCCUGGUUGCUUGCUCCCCUACGAUUCUUCUUAUUAGCUUCAUACAAUUAAGAUUAAUCCUCCGGGUUCCGGCAGAGCCAAGCUAUAUAUUUCCUUUCUGCUCACCUCCCAACCUCAUACCAUAUCAAUAACCUCUCAAGCUACAUCAGCGUAGAUAUAGAUUUGCCCUGCCAAAUUCUUGCUCCCUAGCUAUCUACCUUCAUCUCCCUCGAUCGUCUUCUCCUCUUGAUCUCUGCAGCUAUCUAUCUAGCUUGGUCUAGGUGCUGUGUUCAUUUCGUAUAGGCAUCGGAAUAUCUCUCACCCAUACACAUCUCUCACUACAAACUAGAGGUUGCAGAGAGUGGAGGAGGAGGUUUUAGGGACAGAUACAUAAGAGCAUAUGGGGCUGAGGGACAUCGAGACGAGGCUGCCGCCAGGGUUCCGGUUCUACCCGAGUGACGAGGAGCUGGUGUGCCACUACCUGCACAACAAGGUGACCAGCCGCCGCUUCGCCGGCGCCUCCCCCGCUGGGACCAUGAUCGAGGUGGAUCUGCACGUCCACGAGCCAUGGGAGCUACCAGAUGUGGCGAAGCUGAGCACGAACGAGUGGUACUUCUUCAGCUUCCGCGACCGCAAGUACGCGACGGGGCUGCGAAAGAACCGGGCCACCAAGUCUGGCUACUGGAAGGCCACCGGAAAGGACCGCGUCAUCCGCAAUCAUAGGUCGUCAUCAUCGUCCAGCCGCGCCGCCAUCGCGGGCAUGCGGAAGACACUUGUCUUCCACCAUGGCCGAGCCCCCAACGGCACUAAGUCCAGCUGGGUCAUGCACGAGUUCCGCAUCGAGAACCCCCACUCCCCUCCCAAGGAAGAUUGGGUGCUGUGCAGAGUUGUCCACAAGAAUAAAACAGACACCGAUUCAGCCAUGGAAAGCGAGCAGGAGGUCAUCCGCGACGCUGCCGUGAAGGGAUACAACUACGCCAGCUCCUCCAUGUGCCACCAUAAUCCGGAUUACCACUCUCCUCCGGUGCCGUUCCCCUCCCUUGUCAGCCACCAUUACGAGCUACCGUCGUCUUCCCACGACCUACAAUGCCUGAGCAUCGACGCCUUCUCCAGCAUGCCGCCGCUGCUGAACUAUGAUAGUAUCCUAGACUUCAGUCAGCACCUCAGCGACAGCCUAUGGGUGGCAGGUUCGAGAAUUGAUGGCGGGGACAAGUGCGACGAGGUGCUGAGGGACCUAGGGCUGAAGGAGGAGCACUACAACUACGACAACUUGUUGUAGAUGUAUCAUGCCAUGAGAUGUAUAUGUUAUUCCUACUGCUCGAUCAUACGGUAGAUUCUCCUCAGCGAGGCGUUUCUAAGUUGGGUGGGAGGAAUGAGGUGUGCUUCCGUGUCCUCCCUCCCCCUCUCAAUCACUAAAGUUGAAGGGAUAAGUUAUCCCAUGAAAGGGUAUCGGGAGAUCCUAGCCAUCCACAUGGGGCUAAAGUUUGAAAAGGGGGGAAGACACUGAAGCAAAAGCCCUGAUUUGUAGCCAAUAUGGAGUGCGGUGUCCUCGGCCUUCUGGUGACACUGUUUUAGGAGUUGACAGUGAUGUAGUAGAAUAUGAUGUACUUAGUUCAGUUUGAGAUCGGUUCCUUUCAUGCUAGGAUGCUAGUAAAAACCAAGUCUAGUGGUUGUUGUUGGAAUUUGAUAUAUGUAUAUAGUGCACCACAUACUACAGCUAAAAGAGAUAUUUUUAAUUGAGCUAGUUCAUAUUUUUAGGUA